CUUCCAAUCUUCGCGAAGAACCCAACCCAGCUUCGAAAUUCACCUCUAGAAUCUUUUUUUAUUGCUAUCAUCUUCAAAGCUCGGAGCUUCUUCUUUCCUCCUCUGAUGAUUGAACAAUGGCGUUCUAUCUAUCGAGUUCGUUAACGCCAACCCACUUCUCGAAGCCCUUAAACCCUUCUAAGACCCUCCUCCUCCCCAUUCAAUCUCCGAGCUCUCUGUCUAGCUUCCUCCGCCGGAGAAAACCAACUGAAGCUAAGCUAACUCCCAAAUUCAAUCUCUUUUCUUCACGAAGAAAUGGGUUGAUUACUUGCUGUAAACCAUCGAGCUUUGAGUCUACUGAGUCACAGGAAGAAGAUGCUGAGUCGAAUCGUCUCUUUGAGAGAUUAAGGGAAGCUGAGAGAGAACGAAUCAGCAACAAGGAAGAGCUAGAGAGAAAGGCUAAUUUACAAUUAGAAAGGCAGCUUGUCAUGGCUUCGGAUUGGAGUAGGACAUUGUUAACGAUGCGUGGGAAGUUAAAGGGAACAGAAUGGGAUCCUGAGACCUCUCACCGGAUCAACUUCAGCGACUUCAUGAAGCUCUUAGAUUCCAACAGUGUUCAGUACAUGGAGUAUUCAAAUUACGGACAGGCAAUAUCAGUGAUAUUGCCUUAUUAUAAAGAUGGGAAGCCUCUAGGAGAAGAGGAAGACUCCAAAAAGGAGAUAAUCUUCCGCCGUCACAUUGUGGAUCGAAUGCCAAUUGAUGGUUGGAAUGAUGUUUGGACCAAGCUGCAUCAGCAAAUAGUUAAUGUAGAGGUUUUCAAUGUAGAUGUGGUUCCAGCUGAAGUCUACACUACGGUUGCCACUUUUGUGGUUUGGUCUAUGAGACUUGCUCUGUUUGUUUCGCUUUACGUUUGGAUCGACAGUAUAACGAGGCCAAUCUAUGCCAAGUUGAUCCCUUGUGAUCUCGGAACCCCUACCAAGAAGAUUAGAACACCCCUCAAGCGCCAAGCUCUUGGAUCCCUAGGCAAGAGUCGGGCAAAGUUUAUAUCAGCAGAGGAGAGAACUGGUGUAACGUUUGAUGAUUUUGCUGGUCAGGAGUAUAUAAAGAGGGAGUUACAAGAGAUUGUGAGGAUUCUAAAGAAUGACGAGGAGUUUCAGAACAAAGGCAUUUAUUGUCCAAAAGGUGUUCUUCUUCAUGGACCUCCCGGGACAGGGAAAACUCUGUUGGCUAAAGCUAUUGCUGGGGAAGCUGGUUUACCUUUCUUUGCGGCAAAUGGAACCGACUUUGUUGAAAUGUUUGUAGGAGUGGCUGCAUCUCGUGUAAAAGAUCUUUUUGGUAGCUCUAGAUCCUUUGCACCAUCUAUAAUCUUUAUUGAUGAGAUUGAUGCAAUUGGGAGUAAGCGAGGUGGACCAGAUAUUGGCGGGGGAGGAGCAGAGAGAGAACAAGGUUUGCUUCAGAUAUUAACUGAGAUGGAUGGAUUUAAAGUUUCUACAUCACAAGUAUUAGUCAUAGGUGCAACAAAUAGAUUAGAUAUUCUUGAUCCUGCUCUCUUGAGAAAAGGGCGUUUCGACAAAAUCAUAAGAGUUGGUUUACCUUCAAAAGACGGUAGAUUGGCUAUAUUAAAGGUUCAUGCUAGAAAUAAAUUCUUCCGAUCCGAAGAUGAGAAGGAGUUGCUACUGCAAGAAGUAGCUGAGAACACAGAAGAUUUUACUGGAGCUGAACUGCAAAACGUUUUAAAUGAAGCUGGAAUCUUGACUGCAAGAAAAGACUUAGACUACAUUGGAAGAGAAGAGCUCCUAGAGGCGCUUAAGAGGCAAAAAGGAACAUUUGAGACGGGACAAGAAGACAGCACGGAAGUUCCAGAAGAGUUGAAGUUGAGAUUGGCAUACAGAGAAGCGUCUGUUGCUGUUCUUGCUUGUUAUCUUCCAGAUCAGUACCGUCCAAUCAGUGAGACUGACAUAAACUCGAUCAGAAGCCAACCAAACAUGCGUUACACAGAAACUUCAGGGAGAGUGUUCGCGAGAAAGUCAGAUUAUGUGAACUCAAUAAUCCGUGCAUGUGCUCCCAGAGUAGUUGAAGAAGAGAUGUUUGGAAUAGAAAACUUGUCUUGGAUCUCUGCUAAGUCUACUUUGGAAGCAUCACAGCGAGCGGAGUUUCUGAUUCUUCAGACGGGAAUGACUGCUUUUGGAAAAGCUUAUUACCGAAACCAAAGAGACCUUGUUCCAAAUCUUAUUCCUAAACUUGAAGCAUUACGCGAUGAAUAUAUGCGGUUUGCUGUUGAGAAAUGCUCAUCAAUCUUACAAGAAUAUCAAUCAGCUCUUGAAGAAAUCACAGAUGUGCUGCUUGAGAAUGGAGAAAUCAAAGCCGAUGAAAUUUGGAACAUUUACAACACAGCUCCAAGGAUUCCUCAAAAACCUGUGAGACCUGUGGAUGAAUAUGGAGCUUUGGUCUAUGCGGGAAGAUGGGGAAUUCACGGUGUAUCCCUUCCAGGGAGAGUAACAUUCUCUCCAGGAAACGUUGGUUUUGCAACAUUUGGUGCUCCUCGUCCCAUGGAGACGCAAAUCAUCAGUGAUGACACAUGGAAACUAGUAGAUGAUAUUUGGGAUAAAAAGGUUAAAGAGAUCAAAACAGAAGCUGUCAUUCAAGUUGAAGAAGAAAAGAAGAAACCUCAGAUCUUGAUGGCAACCCAUUUCUUUUAAA